GUUUUCGCCAUGUCAUCCAUCAAUUCAUUCGGUUGGAAGCAUGUCCAAGCAAGCAUGCAUCGGCAAGGGCACGUACACCACCGUCGACGCGCUCUUGGACGCGUUCCACCAGGGUGCCGCUGAAGCAAGCCUUCAGCUUUACUUUGGGUGCUUUCACCGUGAAGGCCGAUUUCUCGGCACUGACGCGACGGAGAAUUGGCACGUCAACGACUUCUUCGACUGGAGCUUGCCGCAUUUCAAGGCUGGUCACGGGUGGGUGUUUCGACCGAUAUCAGGGUCACGAAAGUUGACGUAUUACCCCGACGAAAGGAACCCGUUGUUUUGUGUGUUUGACGAGCUGGUUGAGAGCGAGCAAUUCGUGGCGACGUCGCGAGGGUCAGGAACCCUCGUCUUUAGCAGCGACACGCAGACAUGGCUCGUGGCCCAGUACCAUCUUUCGUUUCCCAUUCCCAACGAUUUAGCCACAUACAUCACAAAGAAGAUCGCAAUCUUUGAGGCCUCGACGAAAGAAGCUAGUGCAGCGGUUGCAGCGGCCGAAGCUGCCCGUCGGUUGAUUGAAGAAUGGGAUUUGGAGGACAAGAAGCCGAGUUCAGCCCAAGGCAAGAAGAAGGGAGGUAAAUCCAAGAAAUAGCUACCGUCUUUGGCAGUCUUGCCAACUUGUGUUUGGUUACAGUAGUGCGACAACUGACAUCUCAAUACUGUUGGCACAGCUCCCGUCAAUCGCGCUGUUGACCCUGUAUAGCGAUGCAGAGGUGCUCAAAGUACACCCCACCAAUGUUCUGGAGACAUUUCGUGAGCCUGAGCGACCUUGGUGUGGCUUCAAUACGAGAGCGAUGUGCUACCAAGUGCACCCAUGGCAGGCAUGUCAACUCUGCACCCAGCGCGAUGCAUUCAGUUGCGGCCCUUGGUGGCGUUAUUGUCUUGCGUGUGGCUACAGGUUCAGAAAAGGCAGAUGAAGGUGCACAUAAGCCACAGUUGUUGCGCGGGAAUGGGUCCUGUGGCGAGGAGAUCGACUGCCAUUGUGGUUG